AUGAACUCCAUCCUCGUAGCCGUCCUCUUAGCAUCCACCGCCCUCUCGUCACCACCCCGCCUCCACCCUGUACCUGACACCACCAAUACCACCAUUCAUACCCGUCAAGUCCCCACCGGCAUGGGUUCCGACUCCGGCGUCUUAAUCAGCACCUUCACCAACGCGAACUGCAAAGGGGAUGGCGUCAGCAAUGUCGACAUGAUCUACGACAUCGAGGUCGCGCAGCAGCUGCGGUCUUAUUCGUUGAGUGCCGAAGUGGGUUCCGACGAUAUCCUAAGUGUCUGGGCCGAUAUGGACUGGGAUCCGACAGGCUCCAAGCCGGUUGAUCCGAGCCUGAACGGCAACACCAACGCCGCUUGUGCGCAGUUCGUGUAUGAUCUGGAAGAUGCAGACACAACAAAAGGGUGUCACACGCUUCCGAAUGUGGUGGGGUGCAUGAUAAUGUCGGUCGCCCAAAACUAA